UAUAUAUAUAUAUAUAUACAUCCCUUUUAAUAUCUAAUUGAGAUUCAGACACUCAGCUUCUGCUUUACCUUCUUCAGUGCUGUACUGCGCUGCACUGUGACAAUGGCUCUCCAGGCUGCUGCUGCUGCUCUGGUUCCCUCUGCUUUUUCCAUCCCCAAGGAGGGAAAGUCCAGUGCAUCAUUCAAGGACUCAAGUCUUUUUGGAGUUUCAGUCUCUGAAAAUCUCAAAUCUGACGUUAGGCCUUCUGCAUUGAUAUCCAAUAGGAAAUUUAGUCAAAGAACUAGUUCAGUGAGAGCCCAAACAGCGGCUACUACAACCCCAGGUAUCAGUAAAUCUGCAUUAGAAGGAAAGAAAACACUGAGAAAAGGAAGUGUUAUCAUCACUGGUGCCUCUUCUGGGUUGGGUCUAGCCACGGCCAAGGCACUGGCAGAGACUGGUAAAUGGCAUGUUAUCAUGGCCUGCAGGGAUUUUCUCAAGGCUCAGAGGGCGGCUAAAUCUGCCGGCAUGACCAAGGAAAACUACACUGUGAUGCAUUUGGACCUUGCCUCACUGGACAGUGUCCGGCAAUUUGUCCAGAACUUUAGGCAAUCAGGGAGGCCUCUUGAUGUUUUGGUUUGCAAUGCUGCUGUUUACUUGCCAACUGCUAAGGAUCCUACCUUUACCGCUGAAGGGUUUGAACUUAGUGUUGGGACAAACCAUCUGGGUCACUUCCUACUUUCAAGGUUACUGCUUGAUGACUUGAAACAAUCUGAUUACCCUUCAAAGCGUCUAAUCAUUGUUGGCUCAAUUACAGGGAACACAAAUACCUUGGCUGGGAAUGUACCUCCUAAGGCCAACCUUGGGGAUUUGAGGGGACUUGCAGGAGGCUUAAACGGGCUAAACAGCUCAGCCAUGAUUGAUGGUGGACAUUUUGAUGGUGCCAAGGCCUACAAGGACAGCAAAGUAUGCAACAUGCUCACAAUGCAGGAGUUCCACAGGCGGUAUCAUGAAGAAACUGGCAUCACCUUCACAUCUCUUUACCCUGGUUGCAUUGCCACAACAGGUUUGUUCAGGGAACACAUUCCCUUGUUCAGGCUUCUCUUCCCGCCAUUCCAGAAGUAUAUCACUAAGGGAUUUGUCUCUGAGGAGGAAUCUGGCAAAAGACUAGCUCAGGUUGUAAGCGAUCCAAGCUUGACGAAAUCCGGUGUAUAUUGGAGCUGGAAUAAAGAUUCAGCUUCCUUUGAGAACCAGUUGUCUCAAGAAGCUAGUGAUGCAGACAAGGCAAGGAAAGUGUGGGAGCUGAGCGAGAAGCUUGUUGGGUUGGCCUAAUUCAGAAAGCUUAUGAGGUUCUUGGAAUGUGAUCUUUUCCACCAACAUGGAUUGAUAUUUGCUGAGGGACUACUGAGUCCAUUUGUUAGUGCAGGUUUUGGAUUUCAGAUGCCUUUGUGCUGGUAAACAUUGUUCUAUGUAGGUGUGCGGAUGAGUUUUUGAACCAAUUGACAAAUAAAAUAGUCAACCUUUCACAAAA